AUGGUUAUAAAGCACAUCCAUUCAUGAUCCAUUCGCCCUACUUUUUCACAGCUAUUAUCAAUCUUUGUCAUAAAACAAUCCGAAUGUAUCAUGAUGUUGUACGAACGAAAUAGUACUAUAGCCACGAAUCAGUGUCAUACAUUCGAUACCGGUAAAACACUUCUCAAUUUCGAUUGCCAUUCCCUCGCCCUCAAUGAUCAAGAAACACGUCUUCUACUCGUCAGUAGCCACAGCUUAGCAUUCAUCAAUCUUGAAACAAUCUCCUUGCCGUACGACCAUUCUUCUCACAAUGAUACGAAUGCCUUUACGACAUCAUUAUCCGAUAUUACUUUUUUGUCAUUAUUUGAUGAGUGCAACAUUAAUCGGCCUAUUGUUGACUGGAAUCAUUCGGAACCGAAUCAGUAUGCUGUUGCGAUCGAUCGUCUUGUUCGAAUAUAUGCAGUUGAUCAUUCACGUGUCAACGAAACGAAUACUUUCAUUGAUUCACAUCAUCAGCGACCCAUUUCAACUAUUUCUUACUCACCCUGUGAUCCUUCAUGGCUGUUGACAGGUUCACUUGAUGGGCAAAUUCAAGUUUGGGAUACUCGAUUUCAUUCAGCGAAAAAUCCUGCUAGUCUGAAAUUUUCAGUCUCAACACCGUUCAGUAUUCGUCGCAUCCAGUGGUCGUCGAACACAGCGGAGAACUGUAAUCAUUUGGCAGUUCAAUGUGAUCGAUGCAUACGAGUCUACGAUAUACGAAAAGCUGAUUCGUACCUAUUCUCGUCCACCGAUCUAGAACAUGCACAACGCAUCACUUGCAUGGAUUGGACAAAACAACGCUCUUCGAUUGCAACGCUUUCAUUAGAUCAAUCAAUUAGAAUAUUUUCGGCAAAUGGUCAACUCAUGUCGGAAUCAAUAACAUCUGAGCAUUCUUUCUACUCAUUUAGUAAACUUUGUACAACUGAGUAUGAUAAUUUGUUUGUUUGCGCGGCUCGAGAUACUAGCUCCUCGACGCACGGAUUUGUUGGUUGGCGUUGUGAUGAAGAUCAAUAUUUAAGACCACUAACGGAUCAUAUUUUAACGGCGACUUCGUCAGCAAUUGUUGAUUUUUGUCCUGUAAGCAAUCCUCGGUUUUUGAAUUUAUUUACAAACUCACCAACUUCACGUAUGAAUGACGAAUCUGCGAAUCGUUUUGUUUUACUUACAUGGUGCCGCGAUGGACAUCUAUCUGUGAUUGACAUGGAUUCAACGUUUCGACAAGCAUGGCUAACCCAACAAGUACGAAAUAAGCCAACGAGUCUGUCUGAUUCAUCGAAUUCGGUCGGUAUGCCACGAACACCAUCGAAUUCAUCUCGACAACCAGCAAUGAGUCGACAUAGUUCAACUUUAAUGCCGAUGGAUUCUAUCAAAGAUGAAGUCACCGACAAUGGAGAAAUCGACGAAGAAGAUGACGAUAACGCAUUUCAAGGAACAUCGAUUUCACCACCGAAUACGAUGGAAUCGUCCAAUGCAAGCGAUGAUAGUGACUAUCAAAUGUCGCCCGAUGUAACUAAUGACACAAUUACAGAAGUGACUGUUGCAAAUGAAUUAAACUCUUUGCAUGAGGUUUAUAAGCCGUAUAUCUCUGUCGAGGGAAAAGACGAACAGCGUCGUAUGUGUGUACUCCAAUGUAAAUAUCCAUUGGAUCAUAAUUUCACAUUUCGAAUUUAUUUGUCUCUGUCUCGUCACUAUCCGAUCAUCUCGCAGCUGUUCGUCCGAUUUAAAACGCCUACAACACAUAACAAUCAACGUUUUAAAUCGUUUCAAUCACGUAUCCAAAUGAUGCUCGAAGAAACAUCCUACGAUCGUUUCUAUAGCGGACAGUUAUGCUUACACCGAUGUUUAGUCAAACUUCAGAGUUUAUUCGAUACGUAUUAUAAACAAGAAGAGUUCUUCUCGACGAUAGCUACCACUGCAAAUGCUUCGAAUAAAAAACGUGACUCGUCGUUAACUAAUUCAGAAAUCGAGUCAGUAAACGGAUUGUCUCAAGGCAAUGCCAGUAAUAACGGUACGAACAAUGCAGCCAGUCACAGUUCGAAUCGACUGUGUGGUGUUUCAUCAUCAUCGACACGUACAAGUGAUAGUCAGAUAUCUAGUGCAUCUGUCGUUCAAUGUAUAGGACGUACAUGUGGUGCUCAUUUCUCUGGUGCAACACAUUUAAUAUGUUUUGGUCGAGCAUCGAAUAACCAACAAACGAACACCGCAACAAUAUUGAACACAUUGAAUGACUCGACGUUGAAUCGAUCGCAGCCCUUACCUAUGCGUUCCACGAGUUUAACUGUAGCUAAAAGUCGAGAAAAUUCCGCUUCUGUUGAUCAAUCAAAUUAUCGACCGCCAACAACAGGAACAAUGCAAAUUCAACAAGCACCUAGUAAUCAUCGUCUACCAAUGUUUUCAGCACCUGUUCGUUCGACAAUAGGUGCAGCUAGUUUUCACGAUCGUCAACGUUCGUUAUCCUAUCGCCGUUCUAUUGGUCAUUUGAUUCAUCCGUCUUCAAAAGUAGCGAUAUAUGAUGUCUCUAUCCUGUUACCCGUCAGCCGAAAACUAGCGGACGACUAUAAAAUUGAUCUGGCGAAUCCACUCGACAUGUCUGAAACGAACGAACAAAUUACCCAAGAAAUGGGUAAAGAUGAUUUAGCACACUGUUGGCGUUUACUUGGUGGACUGUUAUCCAUCCAACCAAACUUGGAUCCUAAUGAUUCUUGGUUUCAAACGCCCAUUGCACAAGGUUUAAUCAAACAUCUCGUAUCGAACUAUGUUAUCAAUGGUGAUAUACAAUCUUCUAGCAUGUUCCUGCUAGCAAUGUCGCAAACACCGUUUUCGAAAAUCAAAGUUCGCUCACAAUUAGUUAAUGAGCAUAAUCACGAUCCAAUUCUGUAUGCUUAUGCAAGUUUAUUACAUCGGUGGAGACACUUUUACAAACGCACGCAAAUCCUAUCUCAGAUAGAGCAUAACUGUCAAUCACCAGCACCAUUCAAUCAAUUGACUCCCAAUCCGACCGCGGCAUCGGUCAAUAUCAUUUGUUCGAUUUGUUUACAACCCGUUCUCGGGCAGCAUUUUCUCUGUGCUGUUUGUGGUCAUGGUGGACAUCUUACACAUAUGCACGAUUGGUUCUCAUCCGAUGAAUUAAAACAUCGAUUCUGUCCAGAAAAAGAUUGCACAUGUCGAUGUAUUACUAAACAGCAAGAACUACUAACAAUGGCUCCUACUCAAGCACAGCAGCAGCAACAACAGACGCCGAUAAUGGCGUCACGGUCUUAUUUCACUCGUCAACCAUCAGGCGGCGUACGUCCUUUAUAA